GUCCCUCUUCUGUGAAGGUUCCCCGAGGAUCCCAGCACCUGGACUGUGGACCGCCAGCUCUUGUUGGGGCCGGCCCUACUUGUCACCCCCGUGCUUGAGCCCGGGAAAACUGAAGAGACGGGCUACUUCCCUGCUGGCACAUGGUACAACCUGCAAACCGUGCCAGUGGAGGCCUUUGGCAGCCUCCCACCUCUGCCCUCAGCAGCCUUCAGCUCUGCCAUCCACAGCAAGGGGCAGUGGGUGACACUCUCGACCCCACUGGACACCAUCAAUGUGAAUCUGCGGGCAGGGUACAUUGUGCCCCUGCAGGGUCCUGACCUCACAACCACAGAGUCACGAAAACAGCCCAUGGCUCUGGUUGUGGCCCUAACAACAAGUGGCGAGGCCCAUGGGGAGCUGUACUGGGACGAUGGGGAGAGCCUUGGGGUGCUGGAGCAGGGGGCCUAUACACAGGUCACCUUCCAAGCCAAGAACAACACCAUCACGAAUGAGUUGGUACAUGUGUCCAAAGAGGGGGCCAACCUGCAGCUGAGGAGUGUGUCCGUCGUAGGUGUGACCACAGCCCCCACCCAGGUCUUCUCCAACGGUAUCCCUGUCUCCAACUUCACCUACAGCCCUGACAGCAAGAUCCUGGCCAUCCCAGUCUCGCUGCUCAUGGGGGAGCAGUUUCGCAUCAGUUGGUCCUAGCAGACUAUGCCUGUGUUUACAAGCCCCCAGGGGCUGUGCACAGGCCAUGGGUGGUAGCGCCGUUGGGGACUGAGUGCUG